AUGGCACCCCGCGCAAUUAGAUCCAAGGUAAAAUCGGGUUGUCAAACCUGCAAAACUCGAAAAGUCAAAUGCGACGAAGGCAAACCCGUAUGUUUCCGAUGUUAUUCUACAGGUCGCGUCUGCGAAGGCUACGGAGUAUGGGGCGGAGGUGGUAAUCAUUACGGCCGCCGUCCCAUCGGCUCUGGUCGCAAAAGCUUGACGUGCUUCUACACGCCAACGCUGGUAAAAGCGGUGAACAAAGAGGAGACCCGGUAUCUCGAGUGGUUUACAUACCGAAGUGUCUUGAAGCUUCCCGGGGUUUUCAGUUUUGAAUUCUGGGACAAGCUCAUAUUCCAAGCCGCUUCAAGCGAGCCAGCCGUCUUGCAUUCUAUCCUCGCCCUGAGCUCGGCCCAUAGGACGGAAGGACUUUGUUUCGAUACCUCGCUAGACGUCGCUCCGGAUAAGCAGGAACAUUUUACGUUGGAACACUAUACCAAAGCAAUAACCCAUCUCCAGCCACAUUUCACCUCUAGAAGCAACCAGUCAAUUCGUGUUGCACUCAUUACAUGUCUCAUGUUCGUCGUAAUGGAAUAUCUCCGAGGUCAUUUCAAGACUGGCUACAAUCAUCUCCAAAACGGGUUGAAACUUCUAAACGAAUUUCAAGCCCGCUCAAGCGCAAUAGAUAGUUACAGUCUGUUCCAGGAACCGUGUUGCGAUUCGGCAGAUGCCUGGAUCAUCCAAGCCUUCAUUAGGCUUGACGAGGAUUGCUCGUCGGAUAUUCCGGCCACCCCGCUGAAAUUCCAAUCUCCCAAUCAAGCAAGACAGCAUCUUGACCGAAUACUCAGUCAGAUAUUCUAUUUAAGCCACGAAUGUCGUCACCAGGUGCGGCCUUUGGAUAAAUUAGACCCGCAGAGUCUUCCUUCUAGACAGCAGCGCCUCAGAGCCAAGCUUGAUUCGUGGUAUGACGCAUUUAAAGAAUCCAAGGCAAGCCUCGUACCAAGUAAAAUCGGACACAGUACCGUAGCCUACAUAAUCUUACGAAUAUAUUAUAUGAUCGCCGAGAUCAUGGUCGAUACUUGUAUCCGGCCGGAAGACCAGAUGAGAUACGAUACGCAUACGAAAUCAUUUAAGAUCAUCAUGGACCAGCUCAAUUACAUCCGGAGUCUUUCGCUCUCCCCACCAUUAGCCACAGUAUUUCAUUUUUCGGAUACGUCCAGCUCGAUAACCGAUCUAGGCGCUAUCCCCGCGCUUUAUUAUAUAGCUCUCAAAUGCCGGGUACGCAGUAUUAGGCGCGACACCAUCGGUUUCUUACUCACGACAACUCAUAAGGAAGGGAUCUGGUGUUCGCACCUAGCAGCACGAAUAAUAGAAGAAGUGAUAAAUAUUGAAGAGGGCGACUUCUACGCUGAUUCUAAUACGGCUAAAGCAGUACUUCCCGAGUCGCAUCGACUACACGAUAUCGAAGUACAACUACCUGACGGCUAUGAUGGAACGGCCGUACUUCAGUGUAAACGGAGAUUCGACGAUUCUAACUGGGAGGUGAUUACUAGAGAACUCGUAUACGAUACGAAGACUCAACGCUGGGUAAGUAAAUUUGAAAGAUGA